UCUUCUUCUUCUUCUUGGUGAGUUGUAUAAACUAAUAACACCGCAAAAUCAAGAGAAAGUAAAGAUGUUGUUGGGAAAGAGAUCGCGUCCUCCAAUGAAAAGAACAACAAGCCUCAGUGAAAUCACCUUUGAUAUAGGUGAACCAGCACCUGUGUCACAACACUCUGAUAAUCCUCAGAACAACACCUUCAAUGUAACAACGCGGCAGAAGCAGGCGGGUUACGGCGGCGGCGGUGGAUAUGAAGGCUUAGAUCAACGGCUCUUGUCCAUGGUCUCGCCGAAAUAUAAUCAUAGGAGACAGUCGAUUGAUUUUACGGACUCUGGUCACUUCUUGAGAGCUUGUUGUCUCUGUAAACGUCGAUUGGUGCCUGGCCUGGACAUAUACAUGUAUAGGGGAGAUAGCGCCUUUUGUAGCCUAGAGUGCAGGCAACAUCAGAUGAAUCAAGAUGAGAGAAAAGAAAAGUUCUUGUUUGCAUCAGCAAAGAAACGAGCUGCAUCUCCCAACGGCGGAUCCCAAGUGUCCCCCAAGAGUGGGACUGUGGCGGCUGUGUAGAACACUCGAUCAUCCGCCCAGAAAAACAAAAAA